UUAGAUUGCUGCCAUAUUGAGUCGCGGAGCAGAGCACUGCACACAAGUAACUGUUUUAUUUAUCGCCACGUAGCAUUUGUACAACUACACAAACGUCGUUGACAUUACUGAAGACAGAAAACCCGCCAGAGACUGAAAAUGGUGCUGUUGGCAGCAGCAGUGUGCACCAAGGCGGGUAAAGCCCUGGUGUCGCGGCAGUUCGUGGAGAUGACGCGGACACGAGUGGAGGGUCUGCUGGCCGCUUUUCCCAAACUGAUGAACACAGGGAAGCAACAUACAUUUGUGGAGACAGAGAGUGUGCGCUACGUUUACCAGCCGCUGGAGAAACUCUACAUGGUGCUUGUUACCACAAAGAACAGUAACAUACUGGAGGACCUGGAGACACUGCGUCUCUUCUCACGUGUGAUUCCUGAAUACUGUCGUGUCCUGGAGGAGAGUGAGAUUUCUGAGCACUGCUUCGACCUCAUCUUCGCCUUUGAUGAAAUUGUCGCACUCGGUUACAGAGAAAAUGUCAACUUAGCCCAGAUUCGAACAUUUACAGAGAUGGACUCUCAUGAAGAAAAGGUGUUCCGUGCCGUCAGAGAGACUCAGGAGCGUGAGGCUAAAGCAGAGAUGAGAAGGAAAGCUAAGGAGCUGCAGCAGAUACGGCGUGACACUGACCGUGGAAAGAAGGGGCCAGGCUUCGGCGGUUUUGGCAGCUCGGGCAUGAGCAGCAGCAGCAGCAACAUGUCUAUAAUCACAGACACGCUGAUCGAACCAGAGAAACCCAAACCUACCCCAGUGCCUGUCAGGUCCAGUGGUUCGAGUAAAGCACUUAAAUUGGUUGGAAAGGGGAAAGAAGUGGAUGACUUUGUGGACAAGCUUAAGUCAGAGGGAGAAAACAUAAUCUUGCCCAGCACAGGCAAAAGACCCACAGACGCAUCAAAAUCGCUACCUGCUCCAGUCCACACAGAGAGUGUGCAUCUGCGAGUGGAGGAAAAGAUUACCCUAACAUGUGGUCGUGAUGGCGGCCUUCAAAAUAUGGAAAUUAUUGGCAUGAUUACCCUCAGAGUGUCUGACGAAAAGAAUGGCCGGAUUAGGAUGCACAUCAACAAUAAUGACAAGAGGGGCGUCCAGUUACAGACGCAUCCCAAUGUGGACAAAAAGCUAUUCACAGCUGAGUCAGUGAUUGGUCUGAAGAACCCAGACAAAUCCUUCCCUCUCAAAAAUGAUGUGGGUGUACUGAAAUGGAGACUACAGACCACAGAUGAAUCAUUCAUACCACUAACAAUAAACUGCUGGCCCUCUGAGAGUGGCACUGGCUGUGAUGUAAACAUUGAGUAUGAGUUACAAGAUGACUCACUGGAACUCAACGAUGUAGUGAUCUAUAUCCCAGUGCCGUCAGGUGUGGGUGCUCCUGUGAUCGGUGAUCUAGAUGGAGAAUAUCGUCAUGACAGCAGACGGAAUAUUCUGGAAUGGUGUCUGCCUGUUAUCGAUGUGAAGAAUAAGACCGGUAGCCUGGAGUUCAGUAUACCUGGCCAGCCCAACGACUUCUUCCCUGUCAAUGUCUCUUUUGUCUCCAAAGGCAACUACUGUGACAUUCAGGUUGCUACUGUGUCUCAGGUGGAUGGGGACAGUCCGGUUCGGUUCUCCUCAGAAACAUCUUUUUUGGUUGAUAAGUACGAAAUACUGUAGUAGGAAACUACAGUUUACAACAUAAUUCCACCCAACAUGGCAGAAGAGCAGAUAAUGGACUGAAAACAUUCAUACAACUACAAGAAGUGAGAGACAUACCACCGGCGGGGCAAUGCAAUCUUUAUCAUCUUUAGCAUUACUUAAACAGAUGUUUUCCUCCAACACGACAAUGGUGAAAGUCCUUUUGGCCCUUGCUGGCAAUAUUGGCUGUACUUGUACAAAAAUCGUUUUCUAAAGCAACUUUCCUCUGAAUGGCCGACUCAAAUAAUGUCAGCGAGAUAUGUGGACUGGAUCUGGAGAUGGUAGCGGGCAGGUGGGGGUGGGUUGUUUAAUUGAAGCCAUGAUGCCAGUAAUGAUUAACAUUACUAUUUGAAUUGUGAUUGAUGAUGGUAUAUGACAUCACUGAAAGGGUUAAGUCAAUUUGCUGGUGUAAUUUCUGUUUUCGACUCCAGAGUAAUUUCCCUUGUGCUGUAAAAGUUUUUUUUACAACACUAGAAGACAGCCGAAGACGUCACAUCCUAUGUGACUGAUCCACUGUUGUAUCUUGCUUCUAGUAGCCCAUCAUAUCAAGAAAUAGAUCAUAGUCAUAGUUUUGGUCAAGCUCCCUCUUUUGUUCAUACAUUUAUUUUAGUUCAUGUUUCAGUCUGCUGUAAACAGUGUUUAAAAAACCUGCCAGAUUUGUUUCUUGACUGGUUUGUUGUUCUCCUGUUUUAAAUCAUGCUGUGAUAUAAGAAUGCCAGUGUUGCAUAUUCACAUUCUAAACUUUUCUUUCUCAAAGCAUAAUUAGAGAGACUGAGUAAUCUAAGAGAACUGACCUGUAAAUUACACAGCAGAACAUAUAAGGCCAAAUAUAAUGUUUUACACAUGAAUUUGUUAUUAAAGCUGAACACAUUUCAGACUCUGAAAACCCAAACAUACCAGUAAGAAGCAACCCCCCCAUCUGAGAUAUGUUUUAUGCAGGUUGAUCCCCUCAGUGAAGGUUGAGGAUCAGACCUGUCUUUUCCAGGAGUAACCUCUGGUUUUCAAACAAAUCUCGAGCAUCAACCCCAUAUACCACACUGUAGAAGAGUAAACAGGCCUCAUUCUUUUUGUUCCACGUAAUAUCUUGAAUGUCUCUGCAUAGUUUGCUGAGGGGAAGGACAUUAAAUGUUUUUGUUUCUUUUUUUGUUGUUUUUUGUUCAGCUUUGAAGGAAUCAUAUUGUGGUUUGGGGAACGGUAGACAUACACCAGAGAUUUUUGUAACCUUGUAAAAUAAUGAAUUAGGGAUUCAUGAUGAAUAACAUUCCAGUGAAAACAUAUAAAAAAUCAUUAAAGAGUUUAAAAAGA